AUGCUUAAUAGCAAUAAAUUACGUGAGAUUUUGACAAAAUAUCAACAGGAUAUUCGUAGGAAUAAAACUAAGCCAUCGAAACAACUAAACGAAUGUGAUAGGAAAACUUAUAUUGCCAAGCCGAAUGAAAAGUUGUUCAUUGAGAAUAUCGAAGAUCCAGAUGUGAAUGCGUUGGAACAGAUUGGCCGACAAACACCUAUCGAGUAUUUUGCACUAAAGGAUAAGGAUUUUAAUUAUGUUAAGCCAGUCGGUCCUACGGACUACAGUAAAUUGGAUACAUUUCAUCGCGCCGUUGGACCAAUACUCAUUAUAGGUCAAUGCUUUUCCCUAAUGCCUGUUUUAGGGGUUGGACAACCAAAUCCUCGUCAUGUGCGUUUUUCAUUGAGAACCGUACGAGUUAUGAUAACGUUGCUAUUUUUGGUAGCGAGUACUACACUGAAUCUCUCGAUGAUAAAGCAUUUGGCGAAAAUUGGUGUAAACGCUAAGAACCUGGUCGGCGUAAUGUUUUUCACAUGUGUGCAAUCAUCGUCAAUACUCUUCUUCUCGUUGGCUCCACGUUGGCCGCGGCUUAUACGGUUUUGGACUCGCACUGAAAUGAUUUUCAUACGUAAACCGUAUGAGAGGCCACAACCCGAUUUAUCGAGUCGAGUACGUCGCGCUGCAGCCACUAUACUUUCACUCUCCGCAGUGGAACACUUAUUGUAUUUGGCUUCAGCUGUGGUGUCACAGUAUCGUCGAGCACACCUUUGCGCAGCUCUCAACAAUACCACUGUUCAUUUCACAUUCGAAGAUUACACGUACAAAAACUAUGACUACGUGUAUGAGCUACUUCCCAACACCACAGCCGUGGGCAGUUUUAUUCUGGUCGGGAAUUUCUUCUGUACUUUCGUGUGGAACUACAUGGAUCUUUUUAUCAUGAUGGUUGGCAAGGGCAUCGCUUAUCGUUUCGAGCAAAUAAAGAUGCGUAUAAAUAAGUUACUGGAUAAGGAAGUACCCGAGUCGAUAUUCAUGGAGAUACGAGAUCAUUAUAUAAAAUUAAUCGAACUGCUGGAAUAUGUGGAUGAGGAUUUAUCUGGAAUUAUUUUGCUCUCCUGUGCGAAUAAUCUUUAUUUUGUGUGCUACCAGUUGUUAAAUAUUUUCAAUAAAUUGCGUUGGCCAAUUAAUUAUGUUUAUUUUUGGUUUUCGCUGCUCUUUUUAAUCGGUCGUACGGCUUUCGUUUUCCUCACAGCAGCAGCCAUCAAUGACGAGGCAAAGGAAGCCUUGGGUGUACUUCGACGGGUCUCUGAUAAAACUUGGUGUGUGGAGGUGGAACGCUUAAUAUUCCAAAUGGCAACUACGACAGUGGCAUUAUCUGGAAAGAAAUUUUACUUCUUAACAAGACGUUUACUAUUUGGGAUGGCAGGCACCAUUGUCACCUACGAGCUGGUUUUGCUGCAAUUCGAUGAACCCAACCGUUCCAAAGGUUUACCCGAGCUAUGCUCCUAG